CCAUUAUUCCCUUCUCCGGCUCUUAGGUUAUGUUCUCCACUCCACAGCCACGAUGAUUCUUCACUUUUCCCUCGUCUCUCACCGCUUCUAUGCCUAACGCCUUCCGCCCUCAACGAAUCUCCGGUCAGGCUCCCUCACACCUUCCGGCCUCCGCCCUCGCUACCUCAUGCGGUCACGCCCUCCGGCCUCCUCCCUCACUAGUCGCUCCUCAGUCCUCACAUUCUCACAUCCUCAAACGGUCAUACCUCACCUCAGCUUCGCCCUUCAGAGUUCAGCCAAUCAGCCCUCUGUAGACUGCAGCUCUGCUUCACUGAAUCACCGACUCACUGUAACUUCAAGUCUCCAAGGCUCAAAUUGAGCUAUGGCGACGGACAAGGCUCCCGGAGAGCAACGGAAACGGACUCUGGAGGCGUUGGAACGGAGAUUCGCACAAGCUGAAACCGACCUCCGCCGUCAAGAGGAGCACAACAACAAGAAGCAAAGAACUCUUAUCGCCACUACUCCUCAAGGAAACAAAAACAAAACUCCUUCUCAGAUUACUAAUACACCUUCUUCCUCGGAUCCCUCGAUUUCAAAUGCCCCAUCUAGAAAAGGUAAUGUUUCAUUUUUAGGUCAUUCCUCAUCACAAGAUGUAGAAGCAAACCACCCAGCAUACUUUCAGCUCUUUCAUUCUGUUGACGGGAAUCUUCUAUCAACUGUUAGCGAGGUUUCGAAUAGUAAAAGCACAGUUGAUUAUGUACUGCACGAGCUUCUCCAACAUGGUGAUUCAGCACAAAAAUACAUGCAGGGUUCUAAAAGUGUGAAAAUUGACAACUAUAUUCUUCUUGAUAAUGUUGUGCACAAAAGUAGCAUGUCUAGUAAUGCUAGCUUGCGGGCUUUAAAGAGCUGCUCAAAACGAUCCAAAAAGCAUAUGUCACUAAAGCAACACAAAAAAUGUGGAUCAUUUGAUUUGCCUCCGGAGCUCCACAAGUAUGAGAUCUACAAACAAAUGCAUGAAAUGUGGAAGUGCUAUAUAAAUAAACUUGUGAAAAGUGUCGGGAAAAACCAGUUGGCACAAUGUCUCCUGAAUGCGGACUUGCAUGGUGCACUCAUUCUAGUUGCUCAUUGCAAGCUAGAUGGCUAUACUGGACUAAAUGGUAUCAUGAUCCGCGAAACUGCAGAAACAUUUGGAAUAAUUACAGAAGACAAUAGAUUCAAAGUUGUGCCCAAGAAGCUUUCCGUUUUUAUGCUCCAAGCGGAUUCAUGGAAGGUUACAAUACUCGGGGACAAACUCGCUUCAAGAAACAUGAUCUCAUGAUCUUAUUAAGGUGUUCAACAUUGUCCACAAUAUCAGAAUUCUGCAGAGCUUCUACAAGAAAACAUCAGGUCUUAUAUUUGAACCAAGAAUCAUGGAAGGAUAGCAGAACCAUUUUUGGUAGAAUACAUUAGUGUUACAGAAUCUGAGAGUACUUCCAGCACAAAUAUCACCAUAUUUACAGAACUGGGAAAUUGGGUUAGCACAAAGCACAACUCUUAGUCACCUGAGGAUGAUAGAUUGUAAAUUUAUAGAUGCUAAUCUUAUCUUUGCUAACAUGGAAGAACUCUUUGAAAUUUUUGAUAAAUUGUAAAUUUAUGAGAUGACCCUUUUUUUUUU